AUGCGCACCACAGCAACACUGCGACUGUCCUCGACCCUGCUCCAGUCAUGGCUACCGAACACACCCUUCUGUUCGGCGUGCCUGUCCCGCCUACGCCCCAACUCCUCGUCCUCCUCUCGGCCGUUCUCGUCCAGCUCGUCCACGUCGACCUCCGACGACUCCACUUCCUCCAAACCCAAACCCAACUCCAAGCCACAGCCAAGACAGAAAACCAUCAAGGCCCCGGCCCUAGAAAAGGAAACCACGCCGAGUCGGCCACGCAAACGAGCACCGUACACCCGCCGACCGCCGGUGCUGCCGACCAGUCUCCAGAACCACGAACUGUUCAAGGCCGUGUCUGCCAUGGCUACCGUUCGAUCGAGACCGACCUUGAUCAACCUCGAUUCGGCGAGGGAUGUGGUCAGGGCUUGGGGGGUCGACAAGAUGCACGAUGUGGUCGUCGUCGAACCUUUUGCGGGUGAGCACCGCCUCUCUCUCCGCGCUGUCCCUCUUUCCGAAGCGAACAAGCUAACCCGGUCAUUUCAUCAGGUCCCGGCGGUCUCACCCGAGCGUUCCUCGAACUGCCCAACGUCAAACGCGUCAUCGCUUUCGAAGAUUCGUUCCGCUACCUCCCCAUCCUCAACGACCUCUGUGCCCGCCAAGACGAUCCAGAACGCCUCUACGUCCACGCGGGCGAUGGCUUCUCGUGGGAUUCCUACGCCAAGAUCGAGGAACUCGGCCUGCUCAAAGACGUCGUCCACCGACCCUGGAAGGAACGUGAGUUUAGAUCGCGAACCCUUACCCCUGCAUAAUGCGCCCCCAUCUCACCUUCUUUCUCAAAUCGCAGCCCAGGAUGGGCUCUUCCUCGCGCUGCAGCAAUCGACGAACCGCCACGGCGAACAACUCUUUAUGCAAUGCGUCUCGGCCGCCGCGACCAAGAUGUGGUUAUGGAAAUACGGUCGCUUCAGCAUUGGUGCGAUCACCGCUGAUGCGUAUUGGAAGGUGAGCACCCAAGAACGCGAUCGAGUGCCCCAUCCUGAAGCUGAUCCGGCUCGCCUCAUCUCUCUCCUUUUCCAGAAAAUCUUUGCCCCGAUCGGCUCGCACGACCGCCACAAAGUCGGUGUCAUCCUCUCCACCGUCGCCUCUCUCACCCCGACCGCUCUCACCCAACCCUGGACGCCGACCGAACAUCAUUUCCACAAACCUCGCUCGGACCAGAACACCUAUUCGCCCAUCAAAGUGACGCCUUGGAUCGAGCCGAUGGCGCAAGACUUUGAGGUGCUGCAGUUCGUAAUGAAGCAGAUGUUUAUUUCAAAAUCGACGGGUUGGGAGAGGACGAUGCCGUGCGUCGAUGUCCGACCCUUCCAUUCUUCCCGUUCGGUGACUUUUCCCACUAACCCCCCCAUUUCCCUCGCACCCUAACAGCGGUCUAGCCGUCGGCGCGGGGAACCUGAUCCCAACCAUUCUCGCCCGCGGCGGUCCACCCUUGGGAAAACAAGUCCAAGCUUUGGACGUGGACGAAUGGGUCGUGAUCGCGGAUGCGUUCGCCGAAUGGCCCUUCCGACCGACGGUCAGUUUUCGGGGUUCGAUUUGAGCCCGAGACACCUUGUUCGACUUGUUUCGAGAACGAACGUAUUCGCGUUCACUGAUGAUUUCUAUCUUUGCUUUUUUGGGGUCGCGCAGGAAUUGUACGAUAAUGAAUUCAUCCCCGAAUAUUGA